UUAAGUCCGCAGUGAGUUGGCAGACCUCGCUCAAAUCCUAAAAAUCUACGUGGAGCAGAAAUAAACAAAUAAUGGCGAAAAAUCCAAAAAAGGAAGACGACGGCGGUAACGACUGGGCCCAAAGUGACGAGGACGACAACUGGGACGACUGGGGCGAUGACGAGGACAAGUUCGUUCAUGUGGAGAAGGAGCAACAGCCAGAGGAGAAAGCAGAAGUCUCGAGCAGAAACGACGCAAAAGGAACGGUGGAAAAUCAGGAAAAGCUGGAAACUCCCAAAGUUUCUGCUCCAGUGACAGCAAACGCCUCAUCCUCGACCUCGUCCUGGGGUCUGUGGGGCGGAAAACUGAGCUCCGUGCUGAGCACGGCCACGGAAGGAUUGGGCACGAUAACCACCCAAGUUAACCAGGGCCUUAAUCAGAUCAUCGGAGUGCCCGAUCCCGAGGAACUGGCUCGCAUCAAUGUGGCUGAAAAGGCAGAAAGGGCGGAAAAGGCUGCCAAGGACCCGCCACAGGCUAGGGACGAAAGUCCAGAGGAACCUGUUGACGAUAAAAACGAAUCCGCGGCCGCCUUUCGCUUGGAUUUUGUCACCAGUCUGGGCUCCAAGGUCCUCAACACCGGACUGGACACACUCGAAGGCAUUGGCAAGAAGACCAUGACCAUUCUGCAGGACAACGAUCCCAAGCUGAUGAACAAGAGAAAGCUGCUUGGCCUGGAGGCCAACUCGCCCAAUUUGAGUGCCGUAUUGUUGGAGGCGAAGAAGGAUGCCGACCAAAUGGAGCAAUCUCUGCAACAGCUGCAGCUGGAAAGGCAGAAGGCCCAGCUGCGUUUCGAAGUCCUUUUCGAGCAUUACUGCGGCCUGGUGCAUUUUGAGGCCCUGGAGAUCCUGUCCAGAGAGUCGCGCCUCAAGCUGGACACCCUUCUCGAUGCUGUUAGUGGUAACGCCCUUGCCGAAUUGCAGGAAACGAUAAACGAGGUGAAGGAACUCCUAGAACUGGAGGACUUGGAAGUGGAGAGUGAAGGUGACUACGAGGCGGAGGAACUGAGCGAACGACUGGCUGCCACGAUCAAGGAUGCAGAGCUGGGCAUUCAGUUCGACGACAUAGCCAAACACUGGACGCAGUCGCUCAGCUGGUUGACCUCUGAGGAUGCCACUGCCGCCGAUCUGGACCAAGCUUAUGCGAAGAGCAUCCACGCCCUAAGCGAAGCCUGCGCCCUCGAGAUGUGUAAGCUGCACAAGAUCGCCGAGCUGUUGCUGGUGAAGCCACAUCAUAGCACCGCCAACGAAGUGGACGGCGUCGUCAAUCUCUGCCAGCAGUUCCAUGGGCACCUUCAGGGACUAAGCCACCGUUUCGCCGCCGUUUUGAGCGGCAAAUCAGAAGCGGAGGAAUCUAAAGUCCGGGUCAGCACAUUCUUUUCCGAGAUGCUAUCUGCCGUGCAGUUCAUCGAGAAAGCCUACAAGCUAUUUACACCCAUUCUCCAGAUGGGAGCUGUCUAAACGGAAUUAAAUUUAAUUGUUGUACUUUCUACUUUUACUAUUGCUUGGUUAUUGUCCCAAACUAACUUGUUUUCCACAUAAAUGUACAAAAUUAUAAA